GGCGGCGGCCGUGACGCGGGUCGGGCCGGUGCGCGGCGAGCCGGGCCCCGGAACGGGCGCAGCGCAGCCGGGCGGUGGCCCCAGAGCGCAGCCCCGAUGCUGGACAUGAGCGAAGCGCGCACACAGCCGCCCUGCAGCCCGUCGGGCACCGCCAGCUCCAUGUCGCACGUGGAGGACUCGGACUCGGACGCGCCGCCGUCGCCCGCGGGCUCCGAGGGCCCCGUCCGCGCGGGCGGCGCGGGGGGCGGUGGCCGGGGCGACGCCGCGGAUGCGGCGGACGAGCGCUUCCCGGCCUGCAUCCGCGACGCAGUGUCGCAGGUGCUCAAGGGCUACGACUGGAGCCUGGUGCCCAUGCCGGUGCGCGGCGGCGGCGGCGGCGCGCUGAAGGCCAAGCCGCACGUGAAGCGGCCCAUGAACGCCUUCAUGGUGUGGGCGCAGGCGGCGCGCCGCAAGCUGGCGGACCAGUACCCGCACCUGCACAACGCCGAGCUCAGCAAGACGCUGGGCAAGCUGUGGCGCUUGCUGAGUGAGAGUGAGAAGCGGCCCUUCGUGGAGGAGGCGGAGCGUCUGCGGGUCCAGCACAAGAAAGACCACCCGGAUUACAAGUACCAGCCGCGCCGGCGGAAGAGCGUGAAGGCUGGCCAGGGCGAGGCGGACGCGGGUGCAGAGCUGGGCCACCACCCCGGUGGCACCGUGUACAAGACUGACGUGGGCCUCGGGGACACACACCACCACGGUGACCACACAGGGCAGACCCACGGGCCGCCCACCCCGCCCACCACCCCCAAGACGGACCUGCACCACGGGGGCAAGCAGGAGCUGAAGCUUGAGGGGCGCCGCCUGGUGGACAGUGGGCGCCACAACAUCGACUUCAGCAACGUGGACAUCUCCGAGCUCAGCAGCGAAGUCAUGGGCACUAUGGAGACCUUUGACGUCCACGAGUUUGACCAGUACCUGCCCCUCAAUGGCCACUCGGCCCUGCCUGCAGAGCUGGGUCAGCCGGCCUCCGGCUCCUACGGGAGUGCCUCCUACCCGCACUCCGGGGCAGCCAGCAUCGGGGCGUCCCCUGCAUGGGCCCACAAGGGGGUCCCGCCGGCCCCCCCGGUGUCACCCACUGAGGCAGGCCCCCCGCGGCCGCACAUCAAGACGGAGCAGCUGAGCCCCAGCCACUACAGCGAGCAGGCGCAGGGCUCUCCAGGCCGCGCCGACUAUGGUGCCUACAGCGCACAGGCCAGCGUGAGCAUGGCCAGCCCUGCGGCGGCCGCCAGCUCGCAGUGCGACUACACCGACCUGCAGGCCCCCAGCUACUACAGCGCCUACCCCGGCUACCCGUCUGGCCUCUACCAGUGCCCCUACUUCCACUCGCCCCGCCGACCCUACGCCUCGCCCCUGCUCAGCGGCCUCUCUGUGCCACCCGCCCACAGCCCGCCCGGUAACUGGGACCAGCCCGUGUACACCACGCUGACCCGACCCUGAGGGCGCCUUGGCCGCGUGGAGAGCACCGCUGCCGGUGAGGAGAACCUUUAUCUCUGCAAAGACAGACAGGGCCUCUGAGGUCUUCCGGGAGAGGUGUGCCCACAAGGCAAGGGCGGCCCGGGCGUGCCGCGGCUCCGACAAGUGCCUGCUGAGGUCUGCGGGAAGCCACAUGCUGUGGCCGAUGCCCCUUUGAACACGCGUCAGCGGACAAGGCCCUCCCUCCCUCUCUCAGCCUCGAGUGGCAGCCAGGCCCGUGUGCCCUGCAGACGCCAGCGCUUGGGUUUGCCCCUCGGCGGAUGCAGAGUGGCAGCCACAGGAAGGACAAAAGGAGGGAAGAGGCACAGGGGCUCCGGACCGCCGGGGUUCCCAGGUCCCGGCCGGCCUUGGCGCCCAGAACUCCGCGGGGCUGACGGGAUGCCCCUGUGGGUGGGCGGGCAGCAUCCGCAGCCCAGCAGUCCCGCAGGAGCAGCUCCUGGGACCGGCCCUUAGACCCGAGGCGUUCCUUGUAGUUAGGGUUCUUCCAAGCAGGGUUUGGCGUGGUUAACACUUUCUCCUUGUCAUUUUAUUUUUAAAAUUUUUAUUUUUGGAACUUAAACGUGUUUGAUUUGUUUUGAAGGCUGUUAAAGAUGUAUUUAUGUUCUGUGUUAUUUUAUCUUUAAUUAAUGAAAUAACGUGUGCAGAGUAGAAUUUAAGACAAAAUGAAGCUGGGGAGUGGAUGGUGGGGGCCACGAGGGCAGGUGGGUUGGAGGCCAGGGGCAGGAGGCGCUGGGGAGGGCCCCCAGCUCAGGCCCGGGACGUGACCCAGACCCCGAGGGGGAAGGGAUUUGCCUCGCAGUGUCCGGUCUGGUUGGGGUGUCCCUGGCACCCGGGGUCAAGUCGGGGUUUGGAACGCAGGGGUGUCCCUGGCUUUCGUGCCCACAACGCCGAGCAGUGGGGACGGGUCCCCGACUUGGCGUCCUGCAGAAACACAUUUGUCUUGGCUCUUGGGAACCAGGCACCGCCUACAAGCUGUGAAAUGAAAGCGUCUGCUGAGCGUCUGACGUCCCUGCUUUGUGGAUCAAUUCUGGCUUACCUGCCCCGCUUCCGCUGAGCGAGGGCGGCUGCCUACGUGUGGGAACGCGUGCCUUUACAACUCUAUGAAUUUACAUCUGAGAAGUUGCUUCUUUUUACCUUUUCUACUUUUUCCUACCUUUUCUAGAAAAAGAAUCUGUUUUUGGCCCAUCUCUGGGGCGGGGGCAGGGGCCUACAGCAAAAUGUUUAUACGUGGUCUGUCUUUUGGUGUUGAGUUUGGACUUUUGCUCACUUACCUGCCGUGUUUCACUACUUUCUGACCAAGCGACGCUAACUUUUGUACAGAUCAGUUUGAUAAAAUUAAAAAAAAAAAAAGCUUUCUA